AUAAUCUAUAAUGCUGCCUGUUUCAAGACCUGAGGGUCAUAUGAACCUCAAUUAUAUUCCCACCACUCAACCGAUGUCCGGGACAUCUACGGGGCGCAGCUCCCCAAGCGAUUUGUCCACUGCCGCCGCCGUCAAGUCGCCGUUUGGACCAAGCGGUUUAAAUGGCGCUGCAGGGUCAAUCGGAAAUGCGAGGCUAGGGGCUGGAUCCCCCUCUCAUGACCUUGGAGCUCGCCUAUACUCGAAAAGAGCUCGAGAAAUCCAGGCGGAGGAAGGCGUCUCUCCAAGUAUUUGGGGCCCCCCUACCAGUGGCCAUUCUACCCCGCUUCGCGAAAACAUCCCCGAGUCCCCGAGCCAAGAGGGUUUCCCUGACCUAGUGCCCACUUCGAGCGGUUCGAUCAAUAGCCCUGCACGAAGAGCUAGAGCUGGGACGGUUCCCUCGAGAUUUUCACCGGUUGGUGCGCUGAACGAGGCAAGCCUUCAACAAUCUUUUAUGUCUCAAACUUCUCGUCCCACGCCGUCGACCAGUCCUUUUCGCCCCUCUGGAGUUUCAGGAAUCGACACAGGCGCGACUGCUGCCCAUGCUGCUCCUGCUGCUCCUGCUAGGGGCACAGGCUCUCUGUCGCGUCUCCGAGCUGGUUCGAUGCCACAGAGGGCAAACUUCCUUGGCUCAUCUAGCCCGUUUGGACCAUCCUUGUUCUCUACUAGUUGGGCUACGGGGCGCGACCGGGCGACCACCCUCACGAGCAUUCGGUCCUCUGAAGGGCCUACUUCUCCUAGCCAUUCGUCCUUUUCAAGAGAUGGACUCACGGACACCGAUGUUAAGACGCUGGAUUACCUGGGUCUUGCUGAGACCCCGCAACAAGCACGAGCCAGCCUUGUGCGACCCUCUGUGGACAUGCUCCUCCAACAGCAGCAACAACAGCAACAUCAGCAGCAGCAAGCGUCUACCCUGCCACCGUUGCUGGCGGAAUUAGCUAUGAUGAAAAACAACAAUAGGUUUCGGUCAUACUCUGUGAACGCUAAGGAAAAGUAUGCGGAUGAUGAAGACCUUGAGUACGAGAGCCGUUACUCGCAGAUUCCUUCGGGUACUGUUACACCCUCAGCCGCAGCAACCGCUGCCCAGCUGGCUGCUACCCAGGCUCAGAUCCAUCAACACAAUUUGGCUGUCCAAGCAUUUGCUAACCAUGCUUCCGUUAACCGGCCGCGGGCCAGGACUGCCGGUAUUUUAGAGGCCCCUCCUCAGCGGUCCUCGAUUCGUAACUAUUUAGCCACUCCUUCGCGCCUUGAGAACAGUUUUAGCGCCGCUGACUUGAAUAUUGCGGAGAGUGGAGAAUAUGAUGAAUUGUCAGAGGCUGUGCAGAUGAUGCAUCUGGGCGGAAGUGGUGCUCCUAAUCUGGGCAUGCGACAAGGUGAUGUGGUUGAUGAGAAUAAUCAGGAUGGUCCGACACGUGCCUUGUGGAUUGGUAGCAUUCCAGUUUCCACCACAAUCACUUCUUUGGCAGCCAUCUUUAGCAGAUACGGCAAAAUCGAAUCCACCCGUGUACUGACGCACAAGAACUGUGGAUUCGUCAAUUUCGAGCGCGUAGAAAGCGCCGUCCAGGCCAAAUCGAUACUCAAUGGCACGGAAAUCUUUCCUGGCGCAGGCCCGGUCCGGAUUGGAUAUGCCAAGGUCCCUGGAACCUCUGCAUCCGGGACUCCUGGGGUUAACGGCAUCCAGUCCUCCCCCACCCCUGAUCCCAACGCCAAGUCAAGCUCUGCUGAUGGCUUGGAAAGCUCUGAUUCAGGGGCUGCUGUACCGCAGAUACCUCCCCUUCCUGAACUCCAGCCAGAGAUGGUGCAGAUCGUCAAGGAAUUUGGUGCUAGUGACGAAGACACACUCAAUAUAACUGCCAGCAUCCAGCAGGCCAUUGCUUACCAGGCAUUUGAAGACGAGAUCCCUCCAAUCCCUGAGCCUAGCCAGGCCAGGAUGUUUGAUGCCCCACGUCUUCGCGAUAUUCGCAAGAGAAUUGAUAACGGCGCAUGCUCGGUCCAGGAAAUCGAAGAGACUGCGAUCUCGAUGCUACCGGAGAUUGCAGAGCUUGCCUCUGACUAUUUGGGCAACACCGUAGUGCAAAAGCUUUUUGAGUUCUGCUCUGAACCGAUCAAAGAGCAAAUGCUUGUUCAAAUUGCACCACACCUUGCUGAGAUUGGCGUUCACAAGAAUGGUACCUGGGCUGCGCAGAAAAUCAUUGACGUCGCUCAGAGUCCAAAUCAGAAGAGCAUGAUUGUAGAGGCGCUCCGCCCGUACACUGUCCCGCUUUUCCUUGAUCAAUACGGAACUACUAUGCUGAGUCGUAUGUGGGAGGUCGCUCAAGGACGGUUCGGAGCUCGCGCGAUGAGAGCUUGCCUUGAAAGUCACCACGCCACCAAGGAUCAGCAGCGCAUGCUUGCCGCCGCGAUCUCCCUUCACAGCGUGCAGCUCGCGACAAAUGCAAACGGUGCGCUGUUGCUCACAUGGUUCCUCGACACCUGCACUUUCCCUCGCCGGCGAACUGUGCUUGCUCCAAGACUUGUGCCGCACUUGGUGCAUCUCUGCACCCAUAAGGUUGCCUAUUUAACGGUUCUUAAAGUUAUUAACCAACGCAACGAGCCUGAUGCCCGUGAAAUAGUAUUGAAGGCGCUUUUCUUCAGCCCUGGUGAUGAGGUCUUGGAGAAGAUUCUGAGCGAUCAAACAUCGGGGGCGACCUUGAUCUUCAAGGUUCUGACAACGCCAUUUUUCGAUGAAUCCAUGCGUGCAGAGGUUGUGAAGAACGUGUCGAAGGUUCUCACCAAGCUGAAAGCUACACCAAGUCAAGGAUAUAAGCGACUGAUGGAUGAGGUUGGCCUUUCAUCCCGUGGUGGUGGCCGGGAUAAUCAUGGAAGGGAUAACUCAGAGAAACAACAGCAGCGUCCCGCCUCUCGCCCUGCACCUUCGAAUUAUCCUUCUCAGUCAUCCGUGGACAGGCAGUACAAUGGACAGUUCGUUCCCGCUAUGCUUUCACAAAACUUGGAUAAUGCCCGGGUCGAUCAGCAGUCGAACGUUGCAUCUUUUGACCCCUAUGCCAUCAAUGGGGUGAAUGGUCUGGGCUCUGCAGGUACUAUCACUUCUUUGAAUGGUGCCUCGGGAAUAAAUGGCUCUAGCUUUGGUCAAGAUCCUUUGUUGCCACUUCAACAGGCGCAGUACCAGGCUUAUUUGGCUGCGCAAUCUCGCGGUGUCUCAUCUAGUGGAAUUUAUCCGAACCUGGGUAACGCUAAUUUUGGAUAUCCGGGCGGAUCUCCUUCGGUGGACAACCUUCGGGGCAUGCAGGCUCAGGGUGCCCCC